UUCUCUUUUCAGACACAGGACGCGCAGAAACCCUCCGACUCAGAGAUGCUGCGGCUGCUGCUGCCCCUGCUGUGGGCGGGGUCCCUGGCUCAGGUACCCCGGCUGGAAGUGCAGGAGUCCGUGGCGGUGCAGGAAGGCCUGUGUGUCCGCGUGCCCUGCUCCAUCCGUCCUUGGGGCUACUGGGCCAUCUCUAGUCCAGUUCAUGGCUACUGGUUCCGGGAAGGGGCCAGCGUGUUCCAGGAUGCUCCUGUGGCCACGAACAACCCAGAUCGUGAGGUGCUGAGGGAGACCCGGGGCCGAUUCCGCCUCCUUGGAGACCCCCGGAAUAACGACUGCUCCCUGGACAUCAGAGAUGCCAGGAGGAGCGACGAAGGUUCAUACUUUUUCCAAGUAGAAGGAGGAAGUUUGAGAUGGAGUUACAUGUUUAACCGGCUCUCCUUGCAUGUGACGGCCCUGACCCACACACCCAACAUCCUCAUUUCUGGGGCUCUGGACGCUGGCCGCCCCAGGAGCCUGACCUGCUCAGUGCCCUGGGCCUGUGAGCGGGGCACACCCCCCAUCUUCUCCUGGACGUCAGCCGCCCUCACCUCUCUGGGCCCCAGGACCCUCCUCUCCUCAGUGCUCACCCUCACCCCACGGCCCCAGGACCAUGGCACCAACCUCACGUGUCAGGUGAUGUUCCCCACAACUGGGGUGAUCGUGGAAAGGACCAUCCAGCUCAUCGUCACCUGUGCUCCACAGAAUCCAGCAGUCAGCGUCUGCCUGGGGGACGGCACAGGGGAAUCAGGGACCAGGGCAGGAGUGAUUCAGGGGGCCAUCGGGGGAGCCGGUGUCACCAUGCUGCUUGCUGUCUGCCUUGGCUUCAUCUUCUUCAUCAGGGUGAAGACCUACAGGAAGAAGGCAGCCAGGCCAGCAGUGGGUGUGGAGGACAUCCACCCUGCUGUGGGGACAGCUUCCCUGGGUCUCCAGCAAGAGUCCAAGGUGGAGGGUCCUGAUGAGCCCACGAGCUCCACAGGGACCGCCCCCACCUUGAGGAUGGAGCAGGAGCUGCAUUACGCCUCCCUCGCCUUUCACGGGAUGACUCAGGAGGGCACCUACACAGACUAUGCAGAGAUCAGAACCCAGUGA